AUGACCUCAAACGGGUCUCAACGAAACGAACUAGAGGAUUUUGAAGCAUACCUUGAACCCGACUUUGAUGCGAAAAGUUUCGCCAACUCAUUGCUCAUAUCUACUAAUGGCCAUGACAAUAACUUACUAGAUUUGCAAACACCAUUGAAAAAGCUAAAAUAUGACUUGGUGGAAUUAGACAAGCGUAUGAAACUGAUAUCUUCGACAAAUUAUGAAUCUUUGACUUUGAAUUUCACUCAAAUUGAACAGUAUAGAACGAUUUUACAAGAUCGAAUCAAUCCCCGCAUAGACACUAUCAAUAAGCCAUUUGAAAAGAUUAAAAAGGAAGUGAUUGAACCGUAUGAGGAUGCGGUGCGUUUGAAUAACGCGUUGAAGAAUGUACACCAGACAUUGGAGUUGUUACGUGCGACUUCGUUCUUUAUAUUUCUCAUUCAACAAUUGGAAGAAUUGCAAGGCGGGGUACCAAUAGGCCGUGGUGAUGAUGUGGUUAGAGCCAGUCGAUUGUACACUCAAUUGAUGAGCUUGUACCAAUCAGUGACGUCAAUCAAUGGAGGUGCCAAAUCUGACCAUGGGAACAAUGUAUUGUCAAUCAAGUUGAUUCGAGAUUAUCGAGCCACUGCAGUCACCAGAAGACAAAGUUUGGUUCAAGAAUGUUCAAUGACAAUAAAUAAUGAAACCUGCCGAUCAAGCUCGUUGAAUUUGAAGAAUUUGAAACUAUACCAUACACUUCAAGCACUCUAUAUUCUCGAUCCGCAAGAAUUCUAUCAAGUUCUUGACAAGUCAACUAUACAAAGACAAGUUACAACUAGUAGCAACCAAUUAUCAAAAGCACUACAAUCUCCACGAAAUUUCAUGGCGAUAUUGACGGAGGUGCAAGAGAACAACACCACUUACUUUUCAAAACUCGAUGAAGUGUUGAAUAAAUGGAGCUUGCCUCAAGAUAGUACUAAUAAAUCAGAUGAAAGCUUGUUACUGCCUGUAUUGAGCUAUUAUAGAACUGAAUCCUUAAUGGUGCUAUUUUGGCAGAAAUUGGCCCAGCAGUUGAAACGAAACAUUGUUGCAACUAUGGCUCGAGGAGGUCCAAUUGCAAAAAAUUUGAGAGUGUAUAGCCAAGGGCUCAAGACAUCGGUGGAAGAGAAAUUUACCGAAGAAGUGAUUAAACUGGGCAUAUUGGAUGCCUUGUCAAUGAUUGAACACAAGUGA